AUGACUCCGUCGACCGUUGUCAAACCGUCCAGUGGUUCUCAGUCGCCGCAGGAACCUGACGCUGCCUUACCUCUGCUCAACCUUCCGAACUUUGCAGGGGAACUGUUAGCUUGGGAAAGUUUCAGGGAUCGGUUUACCUCCUUGUUGCACAAGUCGAUCAAACUAUCUAAGGUGCGUAAACUCGAGUAUUUAAUGUCUUGCCUGACGGGUGACGCAGCGAAGAUGCUCGCACGUACGGCCAUCACGGAUGGGAAUUACGACGGAGCUUGGGCGUCUUUGGAGAAACGGUUUGGCAAUCGGCGCGUUCUCUCCGCUGCGCAUAUGCGUAGAUUGAUCAACGUACCGUCGGCAACGAAAGAUACCCAGUCCGAGAUCAAGCGUUUGCUGAACGAAUUUCGCCAGACCCAGGAGGCGUUCAAGGCUCUGGCCAAACCUGUCAAGGAAUGGGAUGAAUGGUUUCUGUUCCUGAUGGUGGAAAAAUUGGACAAUACUACAAGACUUGCGUGGGAGGUGUCUCUUACCGAUCCCCUCGCUAUUCCACUGUACGAGACAUUGGAAGCGUUUCUGGAAAAUCGAGUACAUGCCUUGUCGUCAGCGCAGACCGCAGAAACCAUUCCAUCUCCGAAACCACUGACGUCAACACGUUCCGCCGGAAAACCAGUGUCCCGUACCACGAUGGCAGUAAAGGUCGACGACUCCAGGAAAACGAAGAAUAACCGACAGUGUCCAUUAUGUGCGGGUGGUCACUCUCUGGGAUCCUGGCAUCAACUGCAAACUUGUACCUCCAACUUUCGGUAUUGGGUGUGCGGAGACACGCAUCAUACUCCAAGGGGACCGAAGAUAAUCGCUCCAAGUCGCCAGUGCCAACGUGCUCUUCCUACGCCGUGA